AUGGAGACCAAGACGGCCUUGCCUCUCGGGACUUUUUUGUGGAGCGCCAGGCACGGGAAACAAAACAGACCGCCCGCAGAUCGGCUGGCGAAACUGCAAGGCCGUUUCGUUGCUGCCACCCAGCGGGCAUCGCCCCCCCGCUGUGGCGUCCUCAAGAACCCGGACCUCUGGGGGGAGGGCUUCAAAUUUGCUUGGAAGUGGCGCGCUGCAAGCGUGCUGUGCGUCAAGAGCGUAGCCCUUGCUGCGCGAUUGGCACGGCACCAAUACGGCAUCAUUAUCCCUCCAGGAAGUCAAGAACUAAAGCGCCACAGCGACAAAGCCUAUUGGACACAGCGCGCCCCGCCAGGUCCUCAGUGGACGCGUUGGGAGAGCUGCCGCCCCGGCCUGCCACACCUCGCCGCGCAAGCACCGGAGCCGCCUCUCCCUGGCGCCGGCACCCCCCCCCCCCCCAAGGCGAUUACCGUACGCGUGCCUCUGCCUGCCUUCCGUACCGCAUGCGCGGAGAGCUUUUAG